AUGCACUCGCAUGAUAGAUAUCUCCUCUCCUUCUUCACCGCUUCAGACGAAACUCUUUUCUCUGAGAAAAAAAAACAAGAACUUAUCCGACCAAAGGAGAAGAUGCCUAAGGAGAGACGAGUAUUGUCAGUGACAAGCAACAGGACCAGAGUAUCACCAUACCCACUUCGCUCUUCAAGGACCAAGAAAGAGGAAGAACCUGAGUUACCUAUCCAGACAGAAGGCCCAACCCAAUGGGAAGAUGUCCGGUGUGUAAUCUGCCAGGAACCGCCACACAAUGCCGUCCUCUUGCGUUGCUCUUCCUCCUCCACUGGAUGCCGUGCUUACAUGUGCGACACGAGUGCUCGUCACACCAAUUGUUUCAAGCAGUACCGUGUAAAAAACAGGAACCGCAGAACCAAGGCCUUGAGCUGUCCUUACUGCAGAGGAGAGGUUUACGAGACGAUGAAAGUGUCUGGUGCAGUGAAAUAUAUGAACGCUAAACCGAGGUGUUGCACUUUCGAGGGCUGCGAAUUCUCGGGGAGUUAUUCACAGCUUAAGAGUCACUUGAAAGCUAAACACCCUGGUUUCACCGGAUAUGUGGUGGACGAGAGGAGACAUAGGGAGUGGGAGCUGAUGCAGAGAGCUGCAGAGUACAGAGAAGUGUUGGCUGCAGCUGGUAUUCCCCAUAGACCUGACGCUGUGACGCAAUACAGUCUUCCUCAAAAUCCGGUGACCGAGGUGAAUGGAGUAGUGCAUGGCCAUAUUCCAUACCCUCGUCCUCAAUACCGUUAUCCUCCUAAUCCGGUGGUUCGUAUCAGCCUUCAGCUUAGCCUUUCUUUGGGGGUCUCAUAG